CUGUUGGCAGAUGGCAUUGAAUCUCGACCCUAUGGAUUUAAUCCUAUUUAGAACUUUGCAACGCAGUCUUUCUGAAAGAAAGAUUUCUAAAAUCUCUCACUCAUUGGUGCACUAAGUGUCUAGCAAACAUGACAAUAAGCCCUCCGGUGUUCCUGAACAUGUGGGAAAAAACACACUCCAAACCAUCUCUGACAAAAACAAAACAAAACACAAACAUGAUGAGUGGAAAUCUUACAAGGCGGUACAGAUACAAGGUGACCGGAAGACGUGAAGGACUGAUCAGAGAAGGGACAAUGUCCAGAAGAAGUCAGCUUGCUGCCUAUCUUGCUGGAGCUCGAUGCCUUGAGAAGGUUCUUAGAAAUCGAUUUAGAUCAUCAUUAGCAGCAGUAGCAGAAGACCAGGGUCCCUUUUCUGUCAGUGUUCUGGAAGUUAGUGUUCCUGAACAAAGAGUUUUCAGAAAUCAUGAACUGCGGCAAAAUAGAUUGCGAUUUGAAUCUAUUCGGGACGCUCUUUACUUGGAUGCACUACAAGUGAAAGUGGAUGAACUGUGUAGUAAUAACUGUUAUGGGUGUGAAAUAGAUCACCCCUCCCAACGUCAUCAUCAGUGUCUCAUGCUCAGUGGUGAAGAACGUGUCAGUAUGUAUUUCGAUGAAGUAUUGUUGACUGUUUCACAUGCUACCAUCCUUGAGAAAGCAAGAGAACAGAGAACAUCCGCUGGACUGGAUCUCCAUGACAUGUACGUUUUGCGUUACGAGAAUGAGCUCUACUUGAAUGCCUUUUUCUUAACUUCAAGUAGAAAGGAACAAAUGGAAGAGAAGUUGAAAGAGAGAAUGAAAGAACAAUAACAUGUGUUCAAGGUGAAAUCAAACAUGA